AAGUUGGGCACACAGAGAUGCGUUUGGGGAACUUAUUGCAUAAAUAUACUAUUAUAUACUAAAAACCAUUAGUUAUUGUUUAUUAAGCGCUAACUUAUUGAUUCUAGUUAUUGAAAUAUUACUAAAAAAUUUUGUUUUUGUGAGGAACCGGAAAAAAUGUACAAAGUUGUUCUAAAAAAUUAUUUCCGGCUAGUAGUUGGCAACGCAUGCCAAUACAGCUGUUUUAUUUUCAUUUCAUUUUCUUUUGUUCUACAUUCCAACUGGUGGAUAAGCCAAUUAGAAUUACAGUUAUUCACAGUUAUAUUAAAUAUACAGUUAUAUUACAUAAACAUGGGCUUAAAUGCGAGAAAGUUACUAAUAUAAAGCAAUACCAGGGGUAAACUUUUAACAUUCAUACCUCAACGUGUGAAUGCGCUAGUUGUAUGACAAGUCAUAUAAUGUGGACAACUAUUCAAAGACUAUUUUCUCAAAUAAGGGCUACCAACGAUAGCACAGCGCCAGUGCUGAGUAAAGAUUAUAAUGUGAUAUGGCCACCAAACAAUUCAGCGAUAAAAAUAACAACGUUUGGUAGGCAAUUACUGCAAAAGUGCGCAAUUGUAAAUAAACCAGAUGGAGGUAAAAUAAGUAUUGAAAGCUUCAUGGUACAAUCGAACAACUUUCCUUUGCAAUUUGGCACCGAUACUUGUCGUGUAAUGAGUCAGCCGGCUCAACGUCAUUCAGCAAUCAGAGAGCAAAUAGCAUCUGCGUAUCCUUUGAUACAUGAAAGAGUACUCUACUUGUAUUUGGCAUUUUUGGAGCAUAAAAACAAAUAUGGUAACGAAAUAGAACGCGCGAUUUAUGCGGACAUGACGCUCACUGCUCUUGUAGAAAGACUUUUGGUUAAGCGUUGUGCUGCAUUUUAUGGUUGUAUAGAUAAAUACCUGCUUAUCACAGGUGAAAAAGGUGAUGGUGGUUUUUGUGAAGUUGGCACUGACGAAGAAAAAGCACCGCUGCAAUUGAAAAAUGUCUUGAGUUAUGAUGAAAUUAAGCUCUCCGCUUUCCUCUCAAUCUCUUCACAAACCGAGUUCAUAAAUGAUGGCAACCGUUAUAAUGAGGGCGCAGUUGAGGUGGACAAUUCGAAAAUUGAGACCGAGGGCAUAGUAAUCGGCAUGAUUGGUGGACGCUUUCAAGUUAAAGAGGCCAUGGAGUGGCAGGAUAUAAUGAUAACUGCCACACAGAAUACAAAGGAGAAUGGCUAUGGGUUCACAACACAGGAGGCAGCUCUGGCUAAUAAACGCAAUGUUGAUUAUCGUCGAAUUUGGACAGAUUUUUAUGAAGAAGCAGAUUUAGUAUACGAGAAAGUUAACGCACAGCACUCGAAACGUUUUUUCAAAAGGCCCAAUGUUAAUUUUAUAUUUGAUAAUUUAAUGAUGAAGAAGCGCUAUGCCAUCGCCUUCGAUACGCUAUUAUUAGAAGCAGAAUCACGCGGCGCUUACCUUAACAAACAAAUAUAUAUACAUGUGGUGGGCAUAGGUUUGGGUGCGUGGCGUGCGGUGCCGCAGCAAGAGAAAAUAUUCUUAGAGACUUUUGGCGAACGUUUUCAGCAACUAUUGCCGCAAUUGUCACACAUUUCUGUGGUGCACUUCUCCUAUUUCGUUUUAUCCGCCUGGGCAAAUCUGCAGGAUGGCGGUUUCAUGUUGUCGGAAACGCACCCAGAAGGUGGUAUUAAAAUAUUUAUGAACAAUCGGAAACCCUCAGAAAAGCUGCCACCGGAGUAUAAAAAUGUGUUGGUGUUGGAGUCAUACGCUUGGGCGGGCAAUGCUUUACCAGGAAACGAUUUUUGGCUGGGAGCCUUAGCUUCGUCUGGGGAUCCUGCUGCUGCUUGCAGUACGCUCAUUUCUGAACUGCAUAAUCCACACAUAAACACAGAUAUGGUAAACGGCAACAAUUUGCAUGUUGUAUCUCCGCGUUAUGGCGUUCUACAUAUUGCAGAUUAUGCAAAGAAAGUUUUACAAUAAUACAAUACUUGUUAAAAUACAUUUUAAAUAUAAGUGAGAAUGUAAGUUUUGUAAUUCCAUAAUGUCACAUAAAAAAUAUAGUUUUCUUAUUCACUAAAAGUA